AUGUUUAGUUGGAAGCUGCUGAUUUUAGUUUUUCUAUCAAUUCUUAAUGCAAAUUGUAGAGUCCAAAAAGCAUUAAAACCUGCAAACUUUGAAGCUGAUGUACCCAAAUUUACACCAUUUGAAGAUGAAGAAAUUUUCGGAAAUAAAGGAAGGCACUUGAAAACAACAGAAAGUUCAACAUCUCCAUCACCAUCAGCUGAGACAUUACCUAAGAAAAUUAGCAGUCGAAUUAAGAUGCCUGAAAAAUACGUAGCUGAACUCAGCAAAGUUAAAGACGUGAGAAAAAUUUCCAAUGAUUUCGGUUCAUUUGAUUUCAAAAAUUCAGACGAAGAACCGCUAAAAGAAGAAGCUCAGCAAAAUUUGAACAUUGCCGAUGAAAAAGAUUCUCAUGAUGAUGAAGAAGAAAUAAUCAAUGAGGAAAUUGAAGUAACAGAAAAUCAGAAUUCAACGCUCUUUAAAGUUGGUCAACUGUUGAAUGUUACAGUUGAUUCUGAAGAUGACACAGUGAAUGUGAAUUUAGAUCAUCGUGCUCUGCAAGAAAUAUUUACAGGUCGUGGAGAUAAAAAAUCAGGUCUUAGCAAGUUUCUUCCGCUAUUCAUUCUUCCGUUCCUCAUCCAGUCAGCAGUUUUACCAUUCAUGGUUGCCAAAAUUAAAUUACUAUUAAUGAAGUCUCUGUUUGCUGGAAAGCUUGCAAUAAUGCUCUUCCUUCUUGGAGCAUUAAAAACUCAUUCUGGAACUGGAUACUCAAAAUCUUAUGGACAAAGUGCACCAUUCUUACUCAAUCACAUUCCAACACCAUUUUGGCCAGACAAGAGAAUUCAGGAAAAUGUUCAUGAGGAUAUUGAGUAUCAAAAGAAGGCUGAACCAUUUGUGAGAAGUCUGGAUUCAUAA